AUGCCAGUGCGGAAGAAACAGAAGCGCGACGUUGUUUGCGCGGUGGAGCUGCACAGCGACGAAGACGGCGACACGGCGCCGAAGGUCAUGGUACGGCUUUUGGAUGAGCACGGGACACCAAGCGGCACUCAAAUCCUGCUCCCUGCGUCUGCGACGCCGAAGCAGCUCGAUGAGCUUCUCUCGUCACUACUGCAAGAUGAAGAGGCGAAAACGAUCCCGUACGCUUUUUUCAUCGAUGGUGAGCAAAUCAACAGUAGCGUGCAGGACAUCCUUUUCAGGAGGCAGAAGGACGAGUACGUGGCGCGAAUGCUGAAGGAAGGGCGACGCGUGCGUCCGCAGGAUGUUGAGAAGCUCGAGUUCGCUGCACCGGAGGAAACGGUGGUGGAGAUUAUGUACAAGCCGCAGGCAGUGUUUCGCGUUCGUCCCGUGACGCGCUGCGCUGGUACGCUGGACGGCCACAGCGAGGCCGUGCUGGUGGUAUCCUUUUCUCCAGACAGCCAGGUUUUGGCUACUGGCGGCGGGGACAAGGAGAUUCGUAUCUGGGACAUGAACACCCUCACUCCCGUGGAGGAGCUCAAGGCGCACACGAACUGGGUGCAGGUGCUCUCGUGGUCUCCGGAUGGACGUUACUUGGUGAGUGGAAGCAAGGACGGGAUUCUAGCCAACUGGACGCAUAACGGUGACUACGGCGGGUUUAAGUGCAAGAAGCACAAGGCGCACACACAGUACGUCUCUCAUGUCUCAUGGGAGCCGCUGCACCGCAACCCGCAGUGCAACCGCUUCGUCUCGGCGAGCAAGGACGCGUCGUUAAAGAUGUGGAGCAUGGCAACGGGACUGGAGCGCUCGUUAUCUGGCCAUCAGUCGUGCGUCACAUGUGUGAAGUGGGGUGGCGAGGACCGCAUCUACUCCUCCUCACAGGAUCGUACGGUAAUAGUGUGGGAUGCCGGCACCGGCUCGCCCUGGUGCGUGCUCCGCGGCCAUGCACACUGGGUCAAUUUCUUGGCGCUCAGCACAGAUCUUGUCACGCGCACCGGCGUUUUCGAUCACGAGGAUCGCAAGUUCAGCGCACGCGAGGACAUGUGCGCGCACGCACGGAAGCGCUAUGACGCUGUGGUGUCUCGCUUUGGCGGGUCGGAGCGGCUUGUAAGCUGCUCCGAUGACAACACGAUGUUCUUGUGGAAUCCGCAGCAGUCUGUCACACCGGUGGCACGCAUGACGGGUCACCAGGGGGUUGUGUUUCACAUCCAGUUCAGUCCGGACGGGACGAUGCUAGCCUCGUGCUCAGCGGACAAGAGCGUGAAGCUUUGGAAUGCCGAGGAUGGCAAGUUCAUCACCACCUUCCGCGGGCACGUGGCAGCGGUGUAUCACGUCAGCUGGAGUCUCGAUUCUCGCAUGCUGGUGUCCGGCAGCAAGGACACCACUGUGAAGCUGUGGUCCGUAGCGAAGCGGGAGCUUGUCGAGGACAUGUCCGGUCAUAGCGAUGAGAUUUACGCGACGGACUGGAGCCCAGAUGGGCAGAAGGUGGCCACAGGCUCGAAGGACAAGCGCGUGCGCAUCUGGGUCCACUAA